UGCAUGGGGCGAAAUCAAACGGUGGAACUGAUUUGGCUAUUUUGUGAUCAACUCUUUGCCUCUUCUCAGGGAUUUUUCGUGGCAGUUCUUUAUUGUUUUCUAAACGGAGAAGUACGAACUGAACUCAAACUUCAUUUUUACGACUUCUUGAAUUAUUGGGGUUCAGUUUCCUGUUGCUACGGCUGCUGCUCUCUGCAGAAUUUUUCAAGGUCUCCUAUGAGUAGGCCAUCCGUAUGCACCAUGGUAUCUAACGCUUCCAUUUGUAACAAUGGAGUUCAAUUUCAUGGAUCUAAUCAUCAGAGGAACAAACAUGAUCCUGGACACCAUUCAUUAUUAGAUCACACUAGAAUUCAUUUCAACAGAGCAGCUGCCAGAAGUUGUCAAGAUAUUUCACCAAAGAGAAAAUAUCUUAAUUCUCGCAAUCAUAAUGGUUUCCUUAGUUAUAAGUGUGAGUCAACUUCGUCAGAAAACAAACUAAAGAAAUGCGAAAAUCCAGCUACAUUAAAUAUGGAACGAGGAGAAAGAUGCCAAUCAGAUCCAUACAUCUGCAAAGAAAUGAUUUGCAUGCUUCCCGCAAGGCGAUAAAGUUUUGUAAUGGAGGACAAAUAAUAUUUAAGUAAUUAAUAUAUAAUGACUCUGGUUAUACAUCGAAAAUGCAGAGAUGAUCUCAUUUUAAAGUCUUUUAUAGGUAUAUUUCCGUAUUAACAUGUGAAUAUUUUAAUAUUUGUAUUUAUAUGUAUAAUGUUGGCUGCAUAUCAUGUAGUGCUGUAUAAUAUACUAAUCAUUACUGCAUCAGCAUAUAUUUAUUUAUUGUAU